AUGUCAUCCCUUUAUUCAAAGAAGAGCCUCCUUGGGCUGUCUAUCGCGGCGGCUCUUGCGGCGCCUACAGCUGCUAUCGCCUUUGAUUAUGGUGCCACAAAGGUGCGCGGCGUCAAUAUCGGAGGCUGGCUCGUUCUAGAGCCGUGGAUUACGCCCUCGAUUUUUGAGAAUGUUGGCGAUGCCGCCGUAGACGAGUGGUCAUUAUGCGAGACCCUUGGCGCUGACCAGUGCCGCUCCACUCUCAGCGGACACUGGGCUUCCUGGAUCACCCAGGAUGAUUUCACGCAGAUUGCCGCGGCUGGCAUGAACCACGUCCGAAUCCCCAUCGGAUACUGGGCUGUGAACCGAGUUGGCAACGAGCCUUAUGUUGACGGUCAAUUGGAAUACCUCGAUGCUGCAGUGGGUUGGGCCCGUGCGGCGGGACUUAAAGUCAUGGUGGACUUGCAUGGUGCUCCGGGAUCUCAAAAUGGUUUUGAUAACAGCGGUAGGCGAGGGGCAAUCAACUGGCAGCAAGGCAACAACGUCGAAGAUACAAAGAAUGCUCUCAAGCUUCUCGCUGCUCGAUACGCCAGAGACACCGACGUUGUCACCGCCAUCGAAGCCCUAAAUGAACCCAGCAUCCCUGGAGGUGUGAACGAAAGUGGCCUCCAGCAGUAUUACUUCGAUUCUUGGGGUGUCGCUCGUGAGGCGAGCCCCGAGACCGCCGUGGUGCUGCACGAUGGGUUCAUGCCAACCGAGUCGUGGAACGGUUUCAUGAGUGGCUCAACCGGCUUCUACUACGUUAUGAUGGACACUCACCACUACGAAGUUUUCGACAAUGGUCUACUCACGCUCGACACGACUUCCCAUGUCAGGAACACUUGCCAAUUCGUCGAGGAUCACGUCCUCCAUGCUGAUAAGUGGACUGUUGUUGGCGAGUGGACCGGCGCCAUGACCGAUUGCGCCAAAUACUUGAACGGCAAGGGCGUUGGCGCUCGCUACGACGGAACCUACCCAGGCAGCUCGGUGGUCGGUAGCUGUGCCGGCAAAUCCUUUGGUAACAUGGACACUCUGACAGGCGAUGAGCGCACCAACAUCCGCAAGUUCAUCGAGGGGCAACUGGAUGCCUAUGAGAAAGGUAGCGGCUGGUUGUACUGGACCUGGAAGACCGAGGGAGCCCCCGAGUGGGAUAUGCAGAUGCAGCUCGCUGGUGGUGUCUUCCCUAACCCCGUCACCAGCCGUCAAUUCCCCGGGCAGUGUUGA